GACUGAGCACGGAGGGAAUCUACAGGGUCAGCGGGAACAAGGCUGAGAUUGAGAGCGUGCAGCGACAAUUUGAACAAGACCACAAUCUGGACCUGGUGGAGAAAGACUUCACCAUCAACACAGUCGCAGGAGCCAUGAAGGCCUUUUUCUCUGAGCUCCCUGAUCCUCUGGUGCCCUACAGCAUGCAGACUGAGCUGGUGGAGGCCUUCAAGAUUAACGAUCGGGAGCAGCGCUUCCAGACGAUGAAGGAUAUCCUGCGACGCUUUCCCAGAGAGAAUUACGAGCUCUUCAAAUAUGUCAUCAGCCAUUUGAACAAAGUGAGCCAGUACAGCAAGUUGAAUCUGAUGACCAGUGAGAACCUGUCCAUCUGUUUCUGGCCCACCCUAAUGAGACCGGACUUCACCACCAUGGAUGCUCUAACUGCCACCCGCACCUACCAGACAAUCAUCGAGAGCUUCAUCCAUCAGUGUUCCUUCUUCUUCUACAACCAGCCGCUGGCCGAGGGCCUCACCGGCUCCCCCAACUCCACGCUGUCCAGCGGGGGCACCUCCGCCUACUCCUGCAUGGCCAGCGUCUACUCGUCCUCGCCGGCUCCGUCCCCGGCCCCCUACGUCCUCCCCGCCACCCCGCCCGUCAUCCCGCAUUACGGCCCCCCCAUCCACCACCAUCAUCAUCAUCAUCAAUAUCAGUCCCCUUCACAUUCCCCGCCUCCCACCCCGCAGUCUCCAAUCCCAGCCCUGCUGCCGCCCUCGCUGCACCCCCACCACCCCCCGGCUGAACAACACACGCUGUGAACCAGGGAUCAAGGGAAUAAGAGGGGGAAAUAAAAAAGUAGAAAAAAUGCUGGCAGAUAGUGAUGCAGUUUGAGGGUCGAGGACGAGACUUUUUGAAGGAAGUGAUGAAGGAUUAAAAGAGGAACUGGAGAUAGGAAGGGAAACAGAGAGAGAGAUGCAGUAUGUACAGGGAGAAACCCACAUUAGAGAAAAAAGAUGGAGGCAUAUGAYUCUGCUGCUUUCAGGAGGGGGGGAAAAACAACAACAAAAAAAAGAAGAAGAGCUCAAGCCAGGAAUGUGGAAUAAUGAAGAGCCUCAGAACCUUUUGUCUCUGUGUGUCACGUCAUCCAGGCCUGUCCUCACUGCCUUACAGUUGUUGAAGGGACACAGGAAGAGAGGUUUAACAUGAAGGGUGUGUGAACUCUUUUUACAUCGCUUCACUUCUUCACAUGACAGAAACAUUCAGCAGCAUUUUUUUUUCUUUCUGACCGUGCUGGGAGACUUAGUGAGCCAGUUUGGUCAGUCAGCCCCACCUGCUGCACCCACCUGGAGACUGUGGCCGGGACAAAGUGGGUCUGAAAGCAAGUCCAGAGCUCAUGUUUGUUUGUUUCACCACUGUACAGAGAGGACUUGUGCAAGAAACACGUGUUAC